GUCAAGGCGACGGUUUACAAGUCUGGCAUUUUUCUUCCUUGUAUUUUCCUUUUGUUUUCCCUUUGUGAGUUUCUAAAGAAAAAUUUGAAAAUGUUGUGCGCCCCGGGAGAUGCCUCAAGACGGGAUCAUCAGUGCAUCUCAUCGCGAUGGUGCUGAAAAGUUCAGUAAUUAACAGUUUAAUGUGGGAAGUGACCCAGAUGGAGACACCAUCCUUGGCGCCAAUGUAGUUCCGAAGGCCAAGUCCUGCCGCCCCACAAGUCCUCUUGCUGAGGUGCUAACGGGUGGAAAAUGAAUGAAAAUUUCAGUGAUGCCGCAUGCCAUGUCACAGUGUCUCAUGAGGAUACAACCAAUUGCAAUAGUGGUGGUGAAAGUGCUCAAGUGUGCUCGUUCGUGAAGCAAGAGGAGAAAAAAAGUGAAAAUGUCUCUGGUGAACAUUUCACCCACAAUUUCGGCGACGCAGCGUCUGACGGGAAUUUUUCCGAAGUCAAUUACUGGGCAUACAACAACAACUUCCUCUUUCCACCUCACAUCUACAAGAGACUCUUCGAACAGGCUAUCUUCCAUAAGAGGAACUACCUUCCUGCAAAGAUAGAGAAAUCAUCCCAGUGGGAAGGUGCUCCAGGUGAUUUUACUCCCGCCAAUAAUUGUAUAUCUCGGGAGAAAUGUGAAAGUGAAUCAUUACCAAGAAGAAUUGAAGAUCAAAAGGGAUUUUUCUCCUUGAUGAACACUGUAAUGAAUGAUCAAAUGCCAACUCAAGAGUCCGGAAUUCAUCACAUGUGGAGUCGUGGAGAUUUGGGUAAAUUGCGAGCAGAGCACGGAAACAGCAACGAAUUGACACGGAAAGAUGAUGACCAAGGGGAUCAUCACAUGACCACAGCUAUGUACCCAGGGACAGCAAUGCGAUCCGCAAGUGUACCAAUCAGGAGUAUGUCACCGCAGCACGGACAUGCUGGACCACCGGCAGCCAAUGGAUCACAUUUACUAAGUCCACCACAGCCACUGGACGCCACAAAAAUCGGAUCAAAUUUGCAAAAUGGUCCAGCGAUUGGAGGCCGAAAAUAUCACUGCAAAAUCUGCUCUCAGGUGAGUGAAUUGAGCCAUUUUCAUCAAAUCCAUUUGCCAUGUGUCUCGUGAAAUACGAUCAUCGGUCGAUCGGCAGGAUUUCACAACCCUUUUUUUGCGCCUCAGCCUCGACAAUACAUUUAUCAAUCAGAGUGAAAUUAUAAAUCGCAAAAUUACACAAAAGCCACGCGCUCAUCUUUUUGCUGAAAGAAACUGGAUGAAUGCCAAGGAGAUUGAGGAUGAUAUCUAACAAACCGAUCACACCUCAAGAAUCACCAUCCCGGUGCCACAAAAACCUAUCGAACCUUAUAUCCGAUUUCUCCGAUAGGCACAAUGAAGCACACCCCAGACUCUGGAAUGGCAAAAGGGUUGCGCAAAGGGGUAUAGCACUAUCUUUUUUGUCUACCUCCGAGAUGCCACCCUAAUCAAUUGCUUUCUCAUUUUCUGAGUGUUACCCGUCUUAGAGACGCAAAUGGGAAGAUCGGGGAUGGAAAGGGGUUUGGUCCAUUGUUCACAACUGAUAGAAGUACUAUGAGGAAGACAAUCCGCACCCUUUCUCUCUAAAAUAAAAAAAAGAAUCCUCACAAAAGGUACAACACAAGAGCCAGAUGAUUUAGGAGCUCAAAUCAAUUUUGAAGGAGAUUGGGGUAACCCCUUGUACCGUGUGAUCUUUAUUCGAUCGCAUUCGACAAGACUUAUUGAGAAACGAUUUAAUGCCUUAUCUUCCUAUUGAAUUAAGAGAAUGCUCAUCUAAUGAUGCUUAAUUUAUAGCUGAGCAUUUAUCUCCAAAAGUUCACAUUUGGCGAUCUUGAGCCAUGUGAUCGAAGCUCCGGCGUGAGAAGCGCAGGCAGAAAAAUUUGCCAAAAAGAAGCACUGUGAUUUCGUAAACACCGGAAAUAGAAUCCCGGAAAACAGGUUUCGGUUGGCAAUUUAUCACAAAACACACUUACCGGACGGUGUAUUGUGCGAUCAUCGUUUUCCAUGUGAUCCACCUCGAAAGAUUUGCUCUCGAUCAUGCAAAAUGGGAUGGGAGAGAGAAGAAGAUCUUUUGAAGAAGAGAGGUCUCGUGAAGAAGGUUGGAGGAAAGCCAGUAAAGACAAAAAAAAGAGAUGCUGUGAAUGAUGUUUUUUGCAUCCAAUUGUCCCUUUUGAGUUUAGCGAUCUUGGGAUUGUUUCUCACUCCCGCCUCCUGUUUCAAAUAUUUUACUGCAUCUUCCGACCAUAAAUUGCGCGCAAACGGCGUGCGAGACUGAGGUUUAAGAUGGGUCUCUCUCUUGGCAAAAUGGUACAAGGACUGUGCUGGCGGUCUGGCGUGUUAGGUGGUUGCUGAUGGGCGACACAAUGUGGUCAACAUCCACUAUCGCACUCUGUCCCAGAAGGCGCUCUGAUAUCACCCAGAGAUUGCAGAAUGAUCCUCGCCACACACACUGGGGCUUUCUCUCUCUCUCUCUUCUGGGAGAGAUCGAAUCUGCAGAAGCCACUAUAAUCGAUCGCACAAUUGGAUAAUACAUCCCAUAACAAUGCCCCAUCCGAGAUAAAUUAAAACGGUUGCCAAUAUGUAAUCCAAUCUGUUCAAAAGUUUUCAUCUCGUGAUUGCCGCCACUUGAGUUUGCCCAGUGAAAAGUCUCUCAUAUGAAGUUCCCCUAUAUAGACGGUGAUCAGCCAAGUGUCUAUUUCAUUUCAUUUUGAAUAAACCAUCGCGGUAUAUUUACACACCGGCACUUUUCGCAUCUCAUUCCAAAUUCAAAUAUCCCCAAGUAUAUAUUCUUCAGAUUUUUCCGCCAUUUUAUUGCUAUACAGCUUAAUCUUUCUCGUUUCUCAAUGAUAUUCCAUCAUAUCAUGUUCCUGUCAUGAGUCAAGCGUGAAAGAGAGAUGUUGGAAGAAAAAAAAUUGUGUUAAAUCUCUUUUAGAUGCCACCUUUGGAAAUACCAUCCAAUAGUAUAUUUCAUAAUUAAAAGCCAUCCAUUUCGUGUAAUUCCAUCCCACUAAUAUUUUACUAAUUUCAUAUUUGAGAUAACUAACGCUAUAUUCCUUAAUGUUCUAGCGCCAAGGUUAUAGAAUAUUUAAUCCGAUGACAGAAAAAAAGUAUAAUAACUUCAAAGAUAUUGUUUUUUCAAAUGACAUAUUUUUUGGAAUAUUUCAUCUUGGGUUGUUUAAUAAGAUCCAUCUAAUAAUGUUUUUAGGCCACGCCCCCUCCUCAAAAAAUUAAUGAAGGAAUAUUACUGCUAGUAUUCUUUAUUUUUUUUUUAUAUUUAAUACUUUUAAUAUAAUUUUUAACCAUUACGUAACUACUUAGACUUCGUAGCUUUAUAAACUGCGUCGGGGAAUUUUUUGUCCAAUACUUCAGGCAAGAGAAGGCGUGGCUUAUAUUAUAUUGAACAAAGUAUACCAGAACUUUGUCUGAUAGAAUAUUUUGAUAUUUAGUCUCUCUAUGACUGAUUUUCCGAUAAUCACAUAUUUACCAUCGCAUUGCUAUACAUAGUAGUUUGUUAAUAAAAAAAAUGAAAAAUGUAAAACAAACAAA